GGGUAGGAAAACUAAACCGGGGGGUGGCGUAGUGUAGGGUUUGUGUUCAAUUCGACGUCCUGUUUUCGAAACAACAGAGAAAAACAACCCUAAUUACAUCCUGCAGAUGGAAAUUAAUUUUUGUAAAAAAAAGAGUAACGCAUUAGUGUUAUGGUAUUCCGGUUGUAGUAAUUGUACAUUGUUGUAAAGUGUGUGAAACGGGAUUGUUUUCAGGUCGUUCGCACUGGAAGGCCACAUACAGACAGGCAGUGAUGGCGAUUAGAGCAUGAAAUGAAGCCGUCCUUUAUUCCGCGACCCGAUCAUGCAUGCAGUACUGACGCGUUGGGAAGUAUGUCUCUUCUAGUUGCAAGUGUGUGAAGAUCGCGUUGUUGUAAAGUGAAACUCGAGGUUUAUCCCGCAUCAUGGCGGUGUACACGGAGUUCCUGCCUCCUCCCGAAUGCCCGGUGUUUGAGCCGAGCUGGGAGGAUUUCUCCGAUCCGCUCGGCUUCAUCAGCAAGAUCAGACCUAUCGCAGAGAAAAGCGGCAUCUGCAAGAUCAGACCACCUCAGGACUGGCAGCCUCCUUUUGCUUGCGAUGUGCGCAACUUCCGUUUCACACCGCGAGUCCAGCGGCUCAAUGAGCUCGAGGCCCUCACCAGAAUAAAGCUUAACUUUCUGGAUGAAAUUGCAAAGUUUUGGGAACUCCAGGGCUCUAAACUGCGCUUUCCACACGUGGAGAAAAAAAUCCUGGACUUGUACCUACUCAGCAAGAUUGUGUCUUCUGAGGGAGGCUUCGAGUCUGUGUGUAAGGACAAGCGCUGGUCCAAGAUAGCAGCUCGCAUGGGUUUCCCACCCGGGAAGGGAAUCGGUUCCCUGCUGCGCUCUCACUAUGAGAGGAUCCUUUACCCAUAUGAGCUGUUCCAGUCUGGAGCUUCACUUUCUGGCGUCCACCGGCUCUGUCAAGCGAAAGACGAGGCUGAAGAGGUGGAUGAAGGAAUAGAGCGUGGCUGUGAGGAGGACGAGGAGGAGGAAGAAGAAAAGCCUAAAGAGAAAGAAGGCAAAGAACGGGAAGGUCUGAGCGACAAGUCACAGAAGAAGGAGCACACACUUCCUGAAAGACGAUCACGACGCCUGAAGUCUGAGAGGGAGAACAAAGAGCCCAAACGCCUGCAGAUCUUUAGCACCAGUCCUAAAGUGGUGGAUUUUGAGAUUGUUCCAGCUGAUGAUGCUUUCAUUAAAAAGCAGAAGCACCUGAAGGCUCAAGCAUUUGCUAUUAAGAUGCGUCCACGCAAAGAGACCCUGGAGGUCAAUUUUAUUGACCUGUACAUGUGUAUGGCAUGUGGGCGGGGCGAUGAGGAGGACCGCCUUCUGUUGUGUGAUGGCUGUGAUGACAGCUACCACACAUUUUGUCUCAUUCCACCCCUUCAGGAUGUGCCCAAGGGUGACUGGCGUUGUCCCAAGUGUGUGGCAGAGGAGUGCAGCAAGCCCCGGGAGGCGUUUGGGUUUGAGCAGGCUGUGCGUGAGUACACACUUCAGAGCUUUGGAGAGAUGGCAGACCAUUUUAAGUCUGACUACUUCAACAUGCCAGUUCAUAUGGUUCCUACAGAGCUGGUGGAGAAAGAGUUCUGGAGGCUGGUAAGCAGCAUAGAGGAGGAUGUGAUAGUCGAGUAUGGUGCAGACAUUAGCUCCAAAGACGUUGGAAGUGGCUUUCCUAUGCGAGAUGGAAAAAGAAGGCUUUUGGGAGACGAGGAGGACUACACCAACUCAGGCUGGAAUCUGAACAACAUGCCGGUGCUAGAGCAGUCCGUGCUUGCCCACAUUAAUGCAGAUAUCUCGGGGAUGAAGGUACCAUGGCUUUACGUCGGCAUGUGUUUCUCCUCCUUCUGCUGGCACAUCGAGGACCACUGGAGCUACUCCAUCAACUAUCUGCACUGGGGUGAGCCUAAGACCUGGUAUGGAGUCCCAGCUUGUGCGGCAGAGCAGCUGGAGGCGGUGAUGAAGAAACUGGCACCGGAGCUUUUUGACUCUCAGCCUGAUCUGCUGCAUCAACUCGUCACCAUCAUGAACCCCAACGUUCUAACGGAGCACGGCGUUCCAGUGUAUCGGACCAAUCAGUGCGCUGGAGAGUUUGUGGUGACUUUCCCGAGAGCUUAUCACAGUGGCUUCAACCAGGGCUACAACUUUGCUGAAGCUGUCAACUUUUGCACUGCCGAUUGGCUACCCAUGGGUCGUCAGUGUGUGGCUCACUACCGGCGGCUGCAGCGUUACUGCGUUUUCUCCCAUGAGGAGCUGCUAUGUAAGAUGGCAGCAGACCCUGAGAGCCUGGACGUGGAGCUGGCAGCGACCGUGUGCCGAGAACUCGCAGAGGUGGUAGAGGAGGAGACACGACUCCGACAGGCUGUGCAGGACAUGGGGUUACAGUCCUCAGAGCAGGAAGUGUUUGAGUUGGUUCCAGAUGAUGAGCGGCAAUGUUACAAGUGUAAAACCACCUGCUUCUUGUCUGCUCUGACGUGCUCGUGCAGUCCAGAGCGCCUUGUCUGUCUGCACCAUGUUACAGAGCUCUGCGACUGUCCUUUUGCAAACAAGUGCCUCAGGUUUCGGUAUGAUGUGGAAGAGUUUCCUGCCAUGUUGUAUGGGGUAAAGUCUCGCGCCCAGUCCUAUGACACGUGGGCCAAAAGAGUCAGCGAGGCGUUGUCAGCUGAUCAAAAGAACAAGAAAGAUCUGAUCGAGCUGAAGGUGUUGCUGGAGGACGCAGAGGACAGGAAGUAUCCAGAGAACAAUCUGUUCCGUAAGCUCAGAGAGAUGGUGAAGGAGGCGGAGACCUGCUCUUCUGUGGCCCAGCUUCUGCUCAACCACAAACAGAGACACAAAAGGGAGCGCACAGAGACCGGUCGUACACGCACCAAGCUGACGGUGGAGGAGCUGAAGGCAUUUGUGGAGCAGCUGUUCCGUCUUCCAUGCGUCAUCAGCCAGGCACGGCAAGUCAAAGAGCUGCUAGAAAACGUGGAGGAUUUUCACGAGCGCUCUCAGCUCGCCCUGGCAGAUGAGACCCCGGACUCAGCUAAGCUUCAGGUUCUAGUUGAGCUGGGCUCAGGGCUUGACGUGGAGCUUCCAGAGCUUGCACGAUUGAAGCAGGAGCUGCAGCAGGCCCGCUGGCUGGAUGAGGUGCGUCUCACCCUGCACGAGCCCCACCGUGUCACGCUUGAGCUCAUGAAGCGCCUCAUUGAUUCGGGUGUGGGUCUGGCCCCGCACCAUGCUGUGGAGAAAGCCAUGGCUGAGCUGCAGGAGAUCCUCACUGUGUCCGAACGCUGGGAAGACAAGGCACGGGCAUGUCUACAUGCUAGACCCCGGCACAGUAUGGCCACCCUUGAAGGCAUCGUAGUUGAGGCCAAGAACAUCCCUGCCUAUCUGCCUAACGUUCUGGCUCUCCGGGAAGCCCUCGACAAAGCCAAAGAAUGGACAUCCAGAGUAGAGGCCAUCCAGAAUGGGACCAGUUAUGCUUACCUGGAACAGCUAGAGACUUUGUUAGCCAGGGGCCGCUCUAUUCCUGUGCGUCUGGACGCCCUGCCACAGGUGGAAUCUCAGGUAGCUUCAGCACGAGCAUGGAGAGAGAGAACAGCACGCACCUUUCUUAAGAAAAACUCCACCUACAAUCUGCUACAGGUCUUGAGUCCCCGGAAUGACAUCGGUGUGUACGGCAGCAGCAGAAGCAAGCGCAGACGAGCUAAAGAGUUGAUGAAGAAAGAGCGUGGUGCAGAUCCGGAAACCUUGAGUGACCUGGAUGAGACCGCAGAUGAGGAGCGCUCACCCUCUGCUGUGGUGGCUGCCUUUAAGGCUCAGGAGCAGCAUGAGGCAGAAGCCAUGCACUCCCUCCGGGCUGCCAAUUUGGCCAAGAUGAGCAUGGCUGAGCGCAUCGACGAGGUCCGCUUCUGCCUGUGCCGCAAGACAGCCGCGGGUGUGAUGCUACAAUGCGAGCUGUGCAAAGACUGGUUCCACGGUGCCUGUGUGCCCCUGCCCAAAGCGGGCACGCAGAAGAAGCUGACAACAGGCAGCAGCUGGCAGAGCGCUAGCAAAGAGUCAAAGUUUUUGUGUCCACUUUGUCAGCGUUCAAAGAGACCCCGACUUGAGACUAUCCUCUCGUUGUUAGUGUCCCUGCAGAAGCUUCCUGUACGACUGCCUGAGGGCGAGGCGCUGCAAUGUUUGACAGAGCGUGCCAUGAGCUGGCAGGACCGAGCGCGGCAGGCCCUGGCCACCGACGAACUCUCCUCUGCCCUGGCCAAGCUGUCUGUGCUCAGCCAGCGCAUGGUGGAGCUCGCAGCACGUGAAAAGACAGAGAAGAUCAUCAACGCAGAGCUGCAGAAAGCCGCUGCCAAUCCAGACCUGCAGGGACACAUUCAGACAUUCCAGCAGGCCGGAUUCAACAGGACCACCUCGCCACGGCCAUCUUUAGACUAUGACGAUGAGGAGACGGACUCGGAUGAGGACAUCCGUGAGACUUACGGCUAUGAUAUGAAGGACUCAGGUGAUUUAAAGCCAUACUUGUUCUGUGAUGAGGAGAUCCCCGUGAAGUCAGAAGAGGUUGUCAGUCACAUGUGGCCAGCCACGCCCUCUUUCUGCGCUGAACAUGCCUACUCCUCUGCCUCUAAAUCCUGUCCCCAAAAUCCGACCACUCCGCGGAAACAGCCCAGAAAGACGCCCCUGGUGCCACGCAGUCUGGAGCCUCCUGUGCUGGAGUUAUCCCCGGCUGCCAAGGCCCAGCUAGAGGUGCUCAUGAUGGAGGGAGACCUGCUGGAAGUCUCUCUGGAUGAAACUCAGCACAUCUGGAGAAUCCUGCAGGCCACGCACCCACCCUCAGAAGAGCGCUUCCUGCAGGUGGAGUCAGAGGACAAUCUGCUAGAGAAGCCUUUGAAGCUAAAAGUAAAGGAAAUGGAGAAGAAGAGAAAGAGGAAACUGGAGAGAGCGGAGCAGCAGUUACUCUUGGCCUCGACAGGUAUGGAAAGCCGCCCCAAAUGCAAAGACAUUAAAAGGGUACUCGAUGUUGGUGGCAAGCCCAAAAAGAAGAAACUGAAGCUCAGCCCGGAGAAGUCACGCGAGCUGAAGCAACUGGCCAAGCGCCUCGCCAAAGAGGAGAAGGAAAGGAAGAGAAAGGAGAAAGCUGCGGCUAAAGUCGAAUUCGGCAAAGAGGGUCUGGAAAAGAAGAAGGAGAAAAAGAUCCUGGACAUCCCCUCUAAGUACGACUGGUCAGGUGCAGAGGACUCCAAUGAUGAGAACGCUGUCUGUGCAGCUAAGAAUUGCCAGAGACCAUGCAAGGAUAAGGUGGACUGGGUUCAGUGUGACGGAGGAUGUGACGAGUGGUUCCACCAGGUGUGUGUAGGUGUCUCAUGCGAGAUGGCUGAGAAUGAAGACUACAUCUGCACAGCUUGCUCACGGAAAGCUGGCGGAGUGAUGGGAGUCAAAGUGGGCGUAGAGACAGUGGUGAUGACGUCGGCUAUGUGUAGCACACAGACUCUUUCCCCACUGUACCAAGGAGAGGUUCAGGAGGGCAGCUAGCAUUACACAGCACUUCACUCGUGUAGACACACACACACACACACACAUAAACCCUACAGCUGCUGUUGUAACUCCGCUGCAACCUCUCCUUCUUGUAUGAUUGAUUUGAGGAAACUGACGAUGGGGCUGACUAUUAUUUUGGACAAGUCAAGAGUUGCAAUCCAGUAAACAAGAAGAAAGACCAGGAUACUGCAUGAAUAAAAGCAGUCUGUCUGCUUUUUCCAAGGUGAAUCCAUUUAAGGAUUCCGUGCAUGGACUUGUACAAUAAAUGUGUGGCUAGUUAAACGGGAAAUGUCUGCUAUGCUGGAGAUUUGCAUUGUUCCACCAAACAUCUUCCCUUUUUCCCCCCCCCUUUUGUUAGUUAACUGUCAGAACAUAGAGCUCAGCUCCAAGCCUAAGGCUAUCAUGUCUUCUCUGAUCACACUCACGUUGGUUCUUGGUUGCCUCAGCUGAACCAGACUGUAUUCGCACAGCUCUGUUUUAACCUGCUUAAAUAAAUUGUCAUACAUUACAAGAUGUAUCCCACAAUGCAUUGCUGGUUUGCUCCGGACAUCCCAUCACUAACAGCCUAUAAGACAAUUAUUAAGUUAUUUGGUUGAUGCAUAAACAAGUUACCAUGCAAAUAUGUAGGACUAGUUUAAAAUCUAUCUUUAGGUGAAGUAUUUAUGGUGUAAAUAGAUUUUAAAGAAUUACUGAGUCCAUGUGGAUGUUUUUGUUGCUAAAAUUUAUUAAAAUAAUUCCUAGUGAAACAAAUCCAAGAUUUGUUGUCGGCUGUUGUUUUAUUGUGCAUUUCUUUAAG